AUGACCGGUUGGCAGUAUUUCAUCCACAGUGUUUUGGGGGUGAAAGUACCAACCAAGGGGAGCGUUGAUGCGACGGAUCGCUUGCCACCAUUGAGGAAAGGCCAAGUAUCAAUCACUUGGUUGAUGAAGUAUUUUAGGGACCAUCACGAUCCUGAAAAAGAUGGGGUGCCCCCAACCGAGGAAAGUCUGGAGCUGGAGAAGGAAAGAUAUGCUCGUGUCUAUCUCAUAGGCAUGAUAGGUGGAGUGUUCUUCUCCAAAAAAAUCGAGCAAUUUAAUUAG